UUCGCCGUUUGUGGGAAAGAGGAAAAAUCGAGAAAAGUAUCGGGAUUAUUUUCUAAACGUUUCCACGCGAAAUGGUCAAAUCUAAAUUCUGAUAAGAGCCGAAUACUAUUCUGUAAUAUCCUGCUCUUUCCGCCUGUCAUGCUGGUCAAAAAUAACAUGUUUGGAAUAAUGAGUGAAAACUGCGCGUAGUUUGGCUUGUUAGCGUUAGCAUUAGCAUUAGCAUCCUUGGCCUGGUGUGUUGGUAGCUUAGCACUUUUCACCUUCAGCACUUUAGCUGAUCUGUUUUUCUUUUUCUUUUCAUUUUCCUUUUAUUUCUUUGCAAAAUGAUGAUUGAAAACCUCGAUGCCUUGAAGACGUGGCUCUCCAAAACCCUCGAACCAAUAUGUGACGCUGACCCGUCUGCACUCGCUAAAUACGUGGUGGCCUUGGUGAAGAAGGACAAGUCAGAGAAAGAGCUUAGAGCACUAUGCAUAGACCAGUUGGAUGUAUUCCUCCAGAAGGAGACUCAGACGUUUGUGGAUAAACUUUUUGAAGCUGUGAACACAAAGAGCUACCUACCUCAGGCUGAGACACUGAGCUCUACAGGCAGGACAGAGACCCACACACGCUCCGAAAAAGACGAGCAGAAGAAAGACGAGCUUGUGAGUCGGGAUGAUGAACGAGAGAAGAAGUUCUCGAGGAGAGUGAACCACAGUCCUCAGCCCAGCUCACGUUACAGCCGAGACAGCAGGAGGAUGGAUGAACGUAAGAAAGACGAUCGGUCCAGAAAGAGAGAGUACGAGCGUCCUCCACCCAGACGUGACUCGUAUCGUGAACGCUACAACCGACGUAGGGGGCGGAGCUAUAGUCGUAGCAGGAGUCGCAGCUGGAGCAAAGAUAGAUUGCGUGACCGUGACCGAGAAAGAGAUCGUGAGCGAGACAGAGAGCGAGACAGAGAACGGGAACGCACCAGGACACGCUCACGUAGCCGCUCCAGGUCAAGAAGUCGAGAUAGGGAGCCUGGAAAACCAAAGUAUGACCACGAGCGGCCAGAGGGUGUGGCCACUGAGGCCUACGUUCCCCCACCCCUCGCUUCUGCUCCUAGCUCCGCCCAUUUCCCUGUACCUUCUCUCAGCAGCACCAUCACUGUCAUCGCUCCUACGCACCAUGGCAACAGCACCACCGAGAGCUGGUCUGAUUUCCACCAAGACCAGGUCCCGUAUGGCAGAGCUGCUCCGCCCCCUUCACGCAAGCGUUGUCGUGACUACGAUGAGAAAGGUUUCUGUAUGCGAGGUGAUAUGUGUCCGUUCGACCACGGCAGCGAUCCGGUGGUGGUGGAGGACGUAAACCUUCCCAGCAUCCUCCCCUUCCCACCUGCACCACUUCCUGUCGGGGAUGGUCCUCCCCCUCCGGGUCUGCCACCGCCUCCAGGUCUACUCCCUCCUCCACCGGUUAAUCUCCGGCCCCCUGUAGCACCAGGCAGCCUCCCACCUGUCGCAGGUCCUCCUCCACCUCUUCCAGCGCUGGAUGUUCCUCCAAACUCCAUGACCAGCUCCGUCCCCUCCAUCGUCUCCACGUCUCGUCCUUUACUCCCUCAGCCUCCACUUCACCUUGUCACUUCAGGCAUCAGACCCCCACACACACAGCCACCGCCUCCCCUCUUCACCCCCGGUAACCUCACUAACCUCAAUUCAUUUGAACCGGACAUGUAUAACCCCGAAGCUCCUAGUCUGAACUCUCGUCCUGCGUACAGACCCAGGGUCAACGUGCAGCGACCGAACCUCAUCGGCCUCACUAUGGGAGAGAUGGAUCUUCCUCAUCGGGAGAAAAUGCUGAACAGCAAUAAUGCACGGAUCGUUUUAGAAUCAGACUCCAGGAAGAGAGGGGCUGGGCAUCACGAUGGGGGCGUUCCUUUGAAAAAACCUUGGUUUGAUAAGCUGAACUUCAACAAGCCCAACCAUCAUGGCUACCAUAAGAAAAUGCUACUUCCACUUCCUCUGCCUCUGCCCAAUACUAAGCUGGCCAUCCGUCAGAUUCCACCUGGGAUUAACAAUAUCAGCAAACUUAACGAGCACUUCAGUAAAUUUGGGAAAAUUGUCAACCUGCAGGUCGCCUAUAACAACGACCCUGAGAGUGCUCUGAUCCAGUUCGAGUCUCCAGAGGAAGCGAAGCGCGCUAUACAAAGCACUGAGGCUGUCCUCAACAACCGCUUCAUCAGAGUGUACUGGCACAGAGAUGACGGGCCACCUGGCAACCGGACGCACACCCCGCUCAACGUGAAUGUGGCACAGCCUGAAGCCACCAGUCUGAAGCAGUCAGUGAAAGAUCGUCUCGGUCCUCUGCCCUCUAACAGCACAGAGCCGCUGCAGGACGCCACGCCUCCGUCACAGUCUUCACAGAGCGCCGCCCGUUCUUCAGUGAAGGACCGUCUGGGCUUCUCUAAACCGGCAGCGGCCGAAGGAAAGGUCUUCUCCACCUCUACUGGACUCACAAAGACUUUUUACAACCCAGCUGCAAUGAAGCCAGGACAAAAGGGUGUAGCGACAGGGACAGCCCCAACUUCUGAGGACGCCCUGAAGAAGAAGCAGGAGGCUCUUAAACUUCAGCAAGAUGUGAGGAAGAAGAAGCAGGAGAUUCUGGAGAAGCACAUUGAUACGCAGAAACUGCUGAUUUCUAAGCUAGAGAAGAACAAGGCAAUGAAAGCGGAAGACAAAGCUCAGGUGAUGCAGACGCUGAACGCUCUGACAAACAGCAUUAGCAAACUGCAGGAGGAGAUCAAGGGCCUGUCCAGUGCACACACACUGCAUAGUGGCAUCAAAACCAAGGCCCAGGCUCAGAAGGAGUUGUUGGACACUGAACUCGAUCUCUACAAGAAAGCACAAGCUGGAGAAGACACAGCUCAGCUCAAACUCAGAUACACGCAGCUGCAGCUUGAGGCAGCUAAGCGGGGUAUCCUGACCCCAGGGCGAGGGAGGGGGGCCCAUGCCCGGGGUCGGGGAUCAGCACGAGGACGCGGUAGGGGCAUCAGAGGCAGACCAAGGGGAGUUUCUACCCAUUCUGUGGUGGAUCAUCGACCCCGUGCUCUGGAGAUCAGUGGCUUCACCGAGGCCGAACGAGUGGAUCUGCUGCCACACUUUGCCCAAUUUGGGGAAAUUGAGGACUGUCAGAUGGAGGACUCCAGUCUCAGUGCUGUUAUCACCUUCAGAACCCGAGCAGAGGCUGAACAGGCUGCCGUUCAUGGCGUGAGGUUUAACAAUCAGGAACUGCGUCUGUCCUGGUACAAACCAGCGGUGUCUCUGAACACAGCCGACGCCGACGAGGCAGAGCCGGAGGAAGAGGAGUUCCAGGAGGACACUCUGGUGGACGACGCGCUGCUGCAGGACGAUGACGAGGAAGAAGACGAUAACGAGCCCCGCUCCUGGCGCAGAUGAAGAGGUCCCCUGACUCAGCUCCAUCUCCACUGUUGCAUCAUUUCCUGUUUCUUUAAUUUUUUUGUCAGACGGUUUUUAAUUAAGAAGCGGUUUGCCUUGAGUAUGACGUUCAUGUUUUAUGUACUAGCGGUAACGCCGAGCCGACGUCUCCGUCGGGAACCGUUCAGGAUUUCUUUUUCACAGUGUAAAAAAAAAAACAUUGACAUUGAAUGAAUUACUUUUCUGUGAAUCUUCUCUAAUAAGAAGCCAUGUUUAAUUUGUAAAGAUCCCGAUCCGGUAACUAACUUUUAAUUUCAAAGAGCACGUUUGGGGCCACACGUAGAACAUAGUUAGUUUGUGUGUAUGUGUGUACAUAUUUUAUGUAUGAGUUUUAAUGAUUUGUAUGACUGCUUUGCUUCUCCUGGCUUACUCUGAAAUGUCAAAAAAAUAAAGAAUUGAAAUGGUCUAGAAAAAAUAUCAGCCGAAAAAAGAAGCAAAAAAAAAAAAAGAAAAGAAACGCAAGCUGCUGCUUCUGCGGCACUCGUUUUAAAAAAAAGAAAGAAAGAAAGAAGAAAAAAUAUUAAACGGCUGAAAAUAUAAAGACCAUUUCAAAACACCCCCCCACCCCCAAUCCUCACAAAAAGAGCAAAAUUCCUAUUUUUCCUGAAGCGGAGUGUGUGACUGGUAAGUGAUGGGCUUUAUGAAGAAGAAGGUAAGGACAAAACCAUUUUCUAACUGAUUUAUUAAACAUAUAUAAUGUUUUUUGUUUGUCGCUGCAGCAGUAAAUCGACUUGUUGAAUUUUUUUUACUAUAAUGCUCAAGCGUUACGUUCAAAACGUCUCAGGUUUAUGUUUCAUUUAUUCAUUUUUGUGUCUUCUCCUUUUGCAUGAGUCACGACUGGACGGAGUCAGCACACGUCCUGGACCUCCAGAUCGUCAGACUUCACCACCACCACCUUUCAUGCUUCUUCAGCACUUCUCCUUCCUCACAUCCUCCCUUAUGUUUAUUCUCAGCACUAAGAGUUUUAAAGCUUUUUAUGAUCCAGGAUUUGCUCUAGACCUUGCGUUCUCCUGACGUUAGGGCUCACACUUUCCUGUCGUAAUCUUUCAGGAGCCACGUGGAGAUGUUUUUAUUGCUCAUUUAGAAGCUUUAGAGGAGAUCAUCUCUAGAUCUGUACACGUAUUAUCCCUCAGCUGCUCAUUUGGUCUCGACUGAUAAUCCAUUGGAUAAAAAUGUCAGCUAAAUAAACGAGCGUAAGCGUGA